AUUCAUCACAAGACAAGGACAGAGUGACAUCCAGAAAAGGAGGAAAAAAAGAAGACAAAAAUGCCGGAAAACAUUUAACAGAUUGGACUAUGGAUGAGUUUAGAUCUCUCUUAGACUCGUUGGAGUCAUCCAUUAAGCAGCCCUCCCCACAACACAACAGACUGCCAGAGUCAGUGUGGGAGGAGGUCAAGGUCGAAAAUCAUUCUCCUGAUGUUUGCAGAGCUGCCUGGACAAAAAUUUGCCAUGUGACAAAGACCCACAUGAGCCUGCAGCAGAUGAUUGAUGUAGCUUGGGACUUGAUGGAGAAAAACAAAAAUGUCAUCAAGAUACUGAUAGGAAACAAAGAUCCCAAUUUUCCAAAUGCCCCUUCUGUUCAUCGAGCCAACAGUUAUAACCUGUAUACCAAGCGCCGUUUGGAGGAAACGCCCAGGCCAACAUUCAAGGAGAUCGCAGAAGGGUGGAAGGUGCUAUCAGAGAGGGAGAAACAGGCGUUUGCUCUGGAGGCAGAGAAGGUAAGAUCAGGGCUGUCAGAAGGUAAAACAGAGAAGGUAAAAUCAGGGUGUAGUAAAACAGAGAAGCUGAACAAGGAGGCAGAGAGAAACUUGGAGAGGUUCCUGAAAACUCUGCCUCCAGAGAAAAAACAACAGUUUUUAUCUGCCAAGAGUGUUAAAUCAGCUAAAAAAGCCAUCUCUGAGUUUGAUGAUGCUCCAAAGAUACACCAAGCAAAUGGCUAUAAUAUUUUCACCAAGGCAAACAGAGACGAAGACCCGAAAAUAAGUUUUAAAGAAAUUGCGGAAAAGUGGAAACAGCUUUCAGAGGGAGAACGGAAAACAUAUACAGAGGAAGCUAAGAAGGUCAAUGAGCAGUCCAGACUGGAAUUCGAAACAUACAGACAAAAUCUGACACCAGAGAAGCAGGCCAGAUUCAACAAAGAGUUUGAGAAAAACAUCAAAAGAGUCAGUGAAAGUCAGAAGCCUAAGAUCCCUAAGCCCAAGCCACCCCCCAAACUUAAAGAGAGGGAAUUAAAGAAGGCUGAGAUUCAGUACAUGAAGGAGGAAAAGGCCGAGGCAGUGAGAGAGAACCCAGACACUGAUGAGGACGAUAUCAUGUUAAGAUUGUCUGAGGCAUUCUGCUCCCUACCGUAUAAAGAACAGGCAGAGUAUCUCAGAAAAUAUGAGGCGGAAGCCAAUGAGCAGAAGAAAAUUACUGAGUUUUACAAGAGUAAGCACAUUGACUCUCCAAACCCACCCAAGGAAAAGAAGCCUCAUUCCUCAGGGAAAGCACUCAAGUCAGAUGACUUAUCGUUGAAGAAGAUCGUCAGAGAGGAGAGUGAUUCGAGUUCUAGUUCUGACGACUCCUCAGAGGAGGAAGAAGUCACCGCGAAAAAACUAUCACAGACAUCACCGAAAAAAUCAACUCCAGCCAAAAAAUCCUUACUGAUGUCACCUAGUGUUAAGAUGAAUCGGAGGAAAUCGGAGAGCAGCAGUUCUGAGUCAGACUCCGAGUCUUCAGAUGAGGAUGACAAAGACAAGAAGAAGAGGGAGAUGUCACCAGUCCUCCCUGUUAUUAAGCAGAGUCCACGACAACCAAGCAGCCCAGCAAAUAGACAACCCAGCAGCCCAAGGAAGAGGAAACCUUCUUCUUCUUCCUCUUCCUCCUCUUCUUCUUCUUCCAGUGAGGAGGAUGAAGGAAAUAAAACUGUUGUCAAGGUGAAGAGUCCACAAAAGCCCAGCACCCCCAGGAAGAGGAAACACUCUUCCUCCUCUUCUUCUUCUUCCAGUGAGGAGGAUGAGGGAAAUAAAACUGUUGUCAAGAAAAGUCCGAAGAAGACCGUAUCACCUCGAAAGAAAAUGUUCUCCUCCUCUGUCUCUGAGGACGAAACUGAUGACACCUCAGAGAACGACAAAAAGGAUAAACAGGGCUCCCUGAAGUCUCCUUUUCCUCAGAAGAUGAAAACAACAAGCAGCCUUAAGGCUCUCAAAAAGAAGAAGUCCAAGUCAAACUCUGGGAAGGGAAUCCCGCAAACCUUAUAGAAUCAUAUGACACUGA